CCUGGUGUCUGGUACCUGCAUUGGAGCUUGACUAUAUCCGGUUUCGCGCCGAAUAGGGCCACAUUCAGGAGGAAGCGCUCCCUACCAACAAUUUUUCCAUACCCAGGGCUCGAACCUGAGACCUCUGGUUAAGAGAGGAGCAGCCCCAUCCGAUGCACCACAUCCUUUAGUGGUCAAAUACUCACCUGCUUCAUAUAUAUAUAUAUAGAGCUAGAGACCUCAAUAAUAUUCUUUCAUGUUCACCAUUAUUCAAUCUAUAUCAAAUGGCAUAUUUCAACAAGAUCGCAAUUUCUCUCUUACUAUUUUCACUCUUUCUUGUUCUUCCCAUUCCUUGUUUAGCCAAUUCAAGAAUACUUGCUCUAGUUGAGCAACCACCUCUUGUUCUAAAAUACCAUAAUGGUGCUCUCUUAAAGGGACAUGUCACCGUUAACCUAAUUUGGUAUGGAAAAUUCUCCUCUAAUCAGGGCGCUAUCAUCGUGGAUUUUAUCCAAUCUCUCAGCCUCAACCACACCCGCCGUCAAGUUCCCCCUUCCGUCGGUUCGUGGUGGCGCACCACCGAGGACUAUAAGGGAGGUCCAUCUGUCAUUUCUCUAGGCAAACAAAUUUUUGAUCAGAAGUACUCACUGGGGAAAUUGUUGAAAGAUCCUCAACUUGCAAGUUUGGCUUCUAAGGCAACUCAAUCCAACUCUAUUGUCGUUGUUUUAACAGCAGCCGAUGUUGCAGUCGAGGAUUUCUGCAUGAACAGGUGCGGCAUGCACGGAUGGACUCGAGGGAAGAAGGGAAGCAAGUUUGCAUACGCUUGGGUGGGUAACUCGGCAAGGCAAUGUCCGGGUCAAUGUGCAUGGCCAUUCUAUAAGCCAAUCGUCGGACCACAAACGCCGCCUUUGGUUGCUCCAAAUGGCGAUGUUGGAGUGGACGGCAUGGUGAUCAACCUAGCAACAAUAUUAGCGGGUACUGUAACGAACCCGUUUGAUGGCGGGUAUUACCAGGGCCCAGCUAACGCACCAUUAGAAGCUGUGUCUGCUUGCACCGGAAUAUUUGGGUCGGGCGCUUUCCCCGGGUUCCCUGGUGACACGUUGGUUGAUAAAACAACUGGUGCUAGCUACAAUGCGGACGGGGUGCAUGGUAGAAAAUAUUUGCUUCCGGCUAUGUGGGACCCAAAGACCUCCACUUGCAAAACACUAGUGUGAAUUAUUGAUACAUUUUGAUAUGAAAUUUCAAAUUUUUUUUGUUCGUUCGAUUGAAUUUGCGUGAAUAGCCUGUAUUUAUGAAAGAACAGACCUCACAGAUCAUAUAUAGAGAAAUAAAAUGGAUUCUACAAAAUUCUUUAUUGCGUGUAUGUUCUCCUUUCUGAAAAAUAAUAAAGUUGAUUUAAAGA